AUGGAGCAUUUGGGGGUAGUAUUGGAAGUGCCAAAGAAAAAUCAGCUAUAUGCGAAACUAUCAAAGUGCCAAUUUGGAGUGAUCGAAGUGGAUUAUUUGGGGCACGUGAUCAAUGAGAAAGGGGUUAUGGCUGAUUCCCGUAAAGUGGCUGCCAUGUUAGAUUGGCCUACACCAGCAAAUGUUAAAUCCUUACAGGGUUUUUUAGAUUUGACGAGGUACUACCACAAGUUCAUCAAGCAAUAUGGAACGAUUGCUACCCCGUUAACAGAUUUAUUAAAAAAACAUGCUUUUGUGUGGAAUGAUGAGGCAAUGAAGGCUUUUAAUGAGCUGAAAUUGGCUGUGACUUAG